UACACGGAACAUGCCGACACUUACGUUGGCCAUGUACUUAAUGGCCCAUUCACACCAGGGGGGCUCUAUUACCUCGCCGAGUGGAGCAAUCUCCAACACCUGACAGCAUCAUUUCUCCUAGUAACCCAUGCAAAACAGCUGAAGUCGGCGGAACUGUCUGACGUGGCCAAUAAACGUGGCCACAAGGCAAAUGAACUCAUUGAAUUUGCGAAGCGACAGGUGGACUACGUUCUGGGGGAUAACCCGGAAAAGAUGUCCUACAUGGUUGGGUUCGGGGAAAGGUAUCCGCUCCAAUUACACCACAGGGGCUCUUCUCUUCCAUCGGUGUCGGCCGAGUCUGAGCCCAUGUUCUGCAAAACUGAAGCCCUGACAUCAACUGAUCCGAAUCCUAACCUCCAUGUUGGAGCCAUUGUGGGCGGUCCCGAUUCUCAAGAUCGGUACCGCGAUAAGAGGGAAAACUAUGAGCAAUCUGAGCCGAUAACCUACAUCAAUGCCGCAUUUGUUGGAGUUGUUGCUUCCUUACUCGCUCAAUAGGAGCUACCCCAUCUUAAAUUAAUUACCAUAUAUUUCCAUUUCCAUUUUAUCACCUAUAUAUACAUAAACAUGC